GGCUUUUGUCCUAAACCAUUUGUAGAUAUGAACUUGCCAGAUGAAAGCCAGUGGGAUGAAACCACCUGUGGCUCUGCUCUCUGUCAGCAUCCACAGUGCUGGGCAACUACGCGCAGGAUUGAGAGAGGCCACCCUCGUAUACUGGGUUCACCUUGCAAAACUCUCCUGGAAACUGAAGAUAAACUUCCAGCACUUACCGUGGUAAAUAUUUCAAAUUCUUCACUCUUGCCCAAGAGGCUUGCUAAGCAUCAUUCACCGGGAUUUACCUUCAAUGAAACUCAUUCUUUAUUGCCCUGGGCUUCAAAGUUUAAACCCAAAUUUCAAGGCAGAUGUGAAAGUGUUUCAGUGCUGAAUUUGAAUAAGACACUGCUUCCCUGCCACCAUGAUGUUAAAAAUACGGCUGUAAUCUGGAUCCCAAAAGAACCCAAGAAGCAUAGGAACUUUUCGAAAGGUGAACAGAAAGCUGUGACUUCUUCAGAUAUGAAGAUAGCAUUGGCCAUGAUGAAAAAGAGCAGACCCUUAGAAAAGAUCCGACCUGACAGUGCAAUUUCUUCAAAGAUGUUUUUAUCUAUACACCAUCUCACACCGCAGCCUGCUGCAUCUCAAGGUGCUGAAUUAGUGAAUGCGGAGUCCAUUAAGCAGGAUAUCAGUGCUCAGGUGGAGCUUGGCCUGGAAUUUCAGACCUUCAGUGAAGAGGAGGAGAUUCCCACGAACUUUUCAGCCAGGGCAGCUGGAAUCCCCUGGAAGCCUGAGCUCAAACUUCUGAGGCUUCUUCAGGACAGUGACUAUGAACAUAUGGAGAAUCAGUCCUCCAGGACACCCAGUGAAGAGUCUGUGGGGUCACAGACUGAAGACAUGGCCUGCGGCAACCAGAACACAUAG